GUGACCAGGUGCUUCGCAGCCGCACGACGCAUGAUGGUUGAACCACUCAUGAGCCACUGAUAUGAGGCUGCUGCGACUAAUGAUACCAUCACCCGGCUCCACCGUGGGCAAAUGAAAUGGCGUCGUCACAGCCAAUCAAGAGGCGCCAUGUCCCACACGCACAGUCACCGGCGGGAGAGUGGCAAAGCUUGCAUAACACGAUUCUCGUUCUCACUACAAAACCACACUCGCUCUCUUUUUCUUCGUUCUUUCUCCCAUUUCCUAAAUCCUCCUUAAACCCUAACACUCUCAAUCUCAAUCUCAUGAUUAAUGGAAGACCGAGCGCAAGAUGCACUAUUCCCUGGUUGCCGGUUCUACCCGUCCGAAGAGGUUCUACUCGGCUACUACUUAACCAAGAAGAACGAGAACCGGGAGCAGAGGUUCAACGGUUCUGAUUUGAUCAAGGAACUGAACCUGUACGAUCAUGACCCCUUCGAAUUACCGGACGCUGCGUGCUUCCCGUACGGUUACCGAGGGAGGAAGAAGCAUUGGUUCUGUUACACCGUUAAAGAGACCAAAAGCCCAAGCAGAAAGGUCAAAAGCGGGUUCUGGCUCCGGAAGGGAAGGGUUCGAGAUAUUCGCGAUAACGGUGGGAUUGGGAACGCUGUUUUAGGCACCAGGUCCCGUUUCGUUUUCUACGUCGGGAAUUCGCUGAAAAAAGCUACCAGAACGGAUUGGAUUUUGUACGAGUACGCAUUGGUUGACCAAAUUCUGUCUUCGUUUGUGCUUUGUCGUGUGGUUAAUAAGCCUCAUCAUAAGAAUAGUCCAUCUGAAAUUGGUCGCAGUUGUUGUGCUGAAGAGAGUGCAGCUGUGGUGGUGCGACACAUCGGUGUUCAACAUGAUGGAUGUGUUGGAGGUGAUGACGUUUGUGAUAAUGGAUAUGUUAAUAGAGAGAUUGAGGCCGCUGAGAAUCCAAUUAGGCGUGGUGGUGAACAUGAUCAUGCAGCAACUGUUUCAGUUGCUCAGGGAAGUCAGCCGGUUCAGGAAAGGCUUUCUGGACUUCCCUGUGACGGUGCAUUGUACAUUGAAGCUGUGAUACCUCAGCAACACAUGCUUUCCAUUCUAGAGGAGGAUUUCAUAGAAUUGAAUGAUAUUGUAUGAAUGGGUUGGUUGUAAGAGAUAAUGUGAAUUCUAAUCCAGCUAUCAGGAGUAUUUGUCACCUGAAACAAUUGUAUUCAGAAUGGAUAACUGCCUGAGCUAAAGGAGAGAGAUUUAUAAUAUUGAGUAGCUGUUGUUCCACUCAAAUGAAGAUACAUACCGUCAGAUGGGUUGGGACGAAUGUCAUGGAUUAUGAUCUCUUCGCAUGUUAAGGUAGUUACUUUAGAUCUUUGUAUGUUAAACUCUUGAGCCCUACUUGAGGAAAUAUUCAGCGGAUCUUCUUUGUUUUGGGCAUGCAGAUUUUUUUCCUCUGCCUACUGAAUGGCAAUUGGCUCCAGAGCGAUAGAGUUAGAGUUAGAUAUUGGUAUUGGUAAUUGGAAUAUGCAAUUUACACUAAUAUGCCAUGAGCAACUUCACCGUACUUCAUGCUUUCAUUCCUUGAAUGAACGACCUGUUCAUAUUUAAAUUAUAUUUCAUUCCUGGGACCAUCAGAAUUUACUAUCUACACCUUAGUAGCAGGGCCUAUUCGUAACUGUCUGUGGUACUUUAUUUUUCCUAUCUUGUUCAAGAGGUAAAUCGGAUGAACUCCAAAUUGUAAGUGUUACAGCAUAACCAUAGUUAUAUGAUUUGCCUUAACCUUCUAUUUACUUCUGUGGUUAAGCUGACUAA